AUGUCCUUCAAGGGACACCGUUGUUCGCUUCCGGCAGUACUCCGGUUGGGCAACUCCGAAACACACCUCCCACCAAUUCUGCCCGGUACCACACUGGCCGCACGGAUUCUUCGCCACAUCCGCACCCUGCUACUCCUCUCGCCCGAGCAUCCCGAAACCCGCAUCUACUAUCGCAGCCGAACGAAGAUAGCGGCGGAGAAUGCAAGACUGGUCCGGGAACUACCACCCUUCAUCGUGCACCCGUUCAGCAGCUUCCGAAAGUGCUGGGAAAUGGUGAUGUACUUCGUGCUGACACUGCAUCUGGUGACGCUUGCGUUCGCGUUCGCAUUCGCACCCCAUCUGCCGUACGUUGUCCUGUGCCGGAUCCAGCUGUUUGACUGUGUGCUGUGCGCGUUGCUUGGGACAGAGUUCGCCGUGAAGCUGGUCACUGGAUACGUGAGCCAAGGCGAGGUGAUACUGGAACCAAGCCGCAUUGUGCGGUAUCGGUUGCGCUGGUGGAAUGUGGCCAAUCGGAUGUUGCUGUUCGUGCCGUAUGUGCUCCUGUUGGACGAGUUGGUGCGUGCGUUCUACCAGGACGCUGCCACCGCUUACCUCUGUCUGGUGAUCUACCUGUAUCUGCUCUGCAUCUGGCGCUUCCGAUCGAUCAACUGGUACUUUGUAACGGUCGCCCGAAGUCUGUUCGGGCUGUCCGAAAAGCAGAUCCGCUAUCUGGAACCCAUCAUGGAUACGCUGUAUGUGCUCCACUGGACAUCCUGCCUUUUGUACGUCGUGCCGAUGCUAACGCUAUCACUGCUUGGUGACAAUCAGUUCGAAGCCAAUUUUCUGGUGGAUGUCCUAUGGAGUCACGAUCAACAUCGAGAUGCUACUCUCUACCCAAUCACGCACCGGCCCCGUUUGCCUCCGAUCAGCAACGUUCGAGAUUACUUCCACCAGCAUCUACCGAAAUCUUCCAUGUGCGGUGAGUUCAUGGCAGCACGACUGCACGACGUGGAGCACAACGUGUCCGUGACGUAUCGAUAUCUUCGUGCCAUGAUGAUCACGCUCAAGAUUAGCGUACAGGGCGGACACUCGCUCUCCGUAACCCAUGACUUCUUGCACGAAUGGACGCAAUCGCUGCUCCUGCUCGGUGGUUGGAUCUGGUCCACCUACAUCUUGCUGCUGCUGAUCCGAACCAUCAUAACGGCGGACGCCAGCGAGACACAGUACGAUGAGAUACUGAACGAGAUCGAUGCAUUCUGCCGGAGGAUGCGGCUCGGGCACGCUGUGAAUCGAAAAAUGAGUCGUCACUUUGCCUGCCACUAUCGGAUGCACUACUUCGAUGUGCGUCCUAUAAGGGUACAGGCGUCGGAUAGUCUGCGACGCACUGUACUGAUGGAGAUUACCUUCCAACGCUUUCUGGCACGGAGCAAUCUGUUCCGCGAUCUACCACCGUACAUACUGGAGGAUAUUGCCGAUCAGCUGCAGUUCGAGAUAUAUCUGGAGCAGGACACGAUAAUAGAGGCAGCUAGUGCGGCCAAUGCGAUGUACUUUCUUGCGAUCGGUACGGCCGCCGUCUAUGCGCCGGAUGGGGUGGAGUUGGGCCAUCUGAUCGAUGGUGCGAACUUUGGCGCAAUUGCACUCUUUCGCACGGAUGCCCAACACACAGUGCGUGUCGUGGCGUUGGAGGUGUGUGAGGUGUAUCGGCUUGAGAGGGACAACUUUCAGACGCUGCUCAAACCGCACAGCUACCUACUGGGGCAGGUUGUGAAGCAUGCGGACAAACGUAUCCAGGAGAGGAAUCUGUCCAUGAAUGAAUGUCCCGAUGAGCAGUACUACGAUACAUUCUUUUACUGA